GAUUCAGCCGCGCUCAAUUAUAUAUAACGUCCUUACCAACCUUUCUAUUUGCACCAAAACAUCAUAUUUCUUCAUGGCGGAAUACAAACAGCACCAACGCCUAUUUGACCGUUUUGAUGAGAACAGAGACGGGAAAAUAUCUGCCGAGGAGCUUCAACAGUGUGUGCAUUUGAUUGGCAAAGACAUGUCAUAUGAGGAAGCAAAGGCUGCUGUUGAGCAUAAUGAUUCAGACAAUGAUGGCUUGUUGGAUUUUGAAGAUUUUGUGAGAUUAAUUGAAGGUGGAAGUGAAGAAGAGAAGGCGCACGAGUUGAAGGAGGCGUUCAAGAUGUAUGAAAUGGAAGGGUGUGGAUGCAUAACGCCUGAGAGUUUGAAUAGAAUGCUUUCUAGAUUGGGAGAAUCAACAACAAUUGAUGAAUGCAGAGGAAUGAUUUGCCGCUAUGAUAUUGAUGGCGAUGGUCUCCUUAAUUUUCAUGAGUUUGAGAUCAUGAUGCGUUGCUAGUACUCGUCACUCAACUAAUACUUAUUACUAUCUCUAUCUCAUAAAGUGAUCACUCUUCAGUUAAGACACCUAGUUGCUACUUUGUCUCAUUGUUUUGUUUCUGCUUUAUUUGAUUCUUUCAGUCUUUAAUUGGUUGAUCACUCAUUCUUUCUGUAUAUUCUCUAAAACCAGGUUACAUAUGUUUAUUUGUAAUUUCUCCAUUAGUACCCAUAUUUUGUGCUUUACAUGUUUGUAACACUACUACUAUGAUUAAUGAUCUGUAAUAUAUGUUUCAUUUUACCUU